AUGUCUCCCCCAGCAAUUGUGUUCACCGAUUGGGACGGAACCGUCACCCUCCAAGACUCGAACGACUACAUCACCGACCAUCUCGGGUUCGGCUACGAGAAGAGAAAGGUUUUAAACGAUCUCAUGCUUGAGGAAAAGCUCUCGUUCAGAGAAGGUUUUGACGAGAUGCUCAAGUCGAUCCCAGCAAACGGGUACUCUUUUGAAAAGUGUGUGGCUUAUUUGCUCGAACACAUCAAGCUGGACCCGGGAUUCACCGAGUUCUACCAUUGGUGCCACGCCAACGGGAUCCCGAUCUACGUUAUCAGCAGUGGUAUGUCGCCAAUUAUUGAAGCUCUGUUGAAGAAGCUGCUCGGACAACAGGUUAUGGACCAUGUGACCAUAAUCUCGAAUAGCGUCGAGACCAACGGCGAUGACUGGCACAUUGUCUACCGCGACGACACUCCGUUCGGGCACGACAAGGCCGAAUCGAUCAAACAGUGUCUCGAGAAGUACGACUUGAGCAAAAAACCGUACCUGUUCUACUGCGGAGACGGUGUGUCGGACUUGUCUGCGGCCAAGUCGUGCGACCUGCUGUUUGCCAGACGGGGCAAGGAUCUGGUCAAGUUCUGCAUCAAGCAGCACAUCAAGUUCACCCAGUUCGACUCCUUCAACGACAUUCUGGACGACGUGAAGGGCAUUGUCACUGGACAGAAGAAACUAGAAGACUGUUAUGAAUAA